AUGGCUUAUCUUCUGUUGCGAACACAGCUUAUUCAAUCAUUUAUUGGUUUCAUUCUUCUUGUCAGGGCUGCAUCUCAGGCUUCGGCUCCUACCAUCACCCCUCCACCAAAUCAUGUGUAUCAGCGACAAGACAGAGAGGGGCCAGACUUUGUAGGAUACCCUUUGAAUAGCAACAUUCACACCGCGGGAACAUGCGCUGGUGGGCUGACAUAUUACACGUGGAGUCUCUGGGCAGGCUGUGUUUCCAAUGAGGCAGGCCUCUAUACAGGUUGUACCAAUGCCUCUGUUGUUUUGGAUCCCACGGGCAAGGGGACAUGUUCAACGUCUAUGGCCUGCGGCUCGGGAUUGAUCUACGAAGACCUGGGCGAAAUGACCAGCCCGAAGUAUUAUAUCCGAUGCUUUAAUGGUACCUCGAUACCGACUUACUAUAGACCGAAGAGAUUAUCUAUAAUUACGACUACGUUCGCGACUACCAUAACUACAAACGCAUUAUCCGGAUCUCAAGCCAGCUCUACAAGCACAAGCACGAGUUCAACAGUAUCAUCCAGUCCGACUGAGACUCCCGCUCCCCAGAGCCUUGCUUGGGUUGCCGGGCCAGUGGUUGGUGGCCUUGCUGGCCUCGCCAUCAUUGCUCUCCUAUGUUGGAUUGCGCUGCUGUUGCGGAAAAAGCAUUCCCAUGUACAAACCCCCGAGAAUCAAUCUAUCCAACCCGAUUUGGCCACCAAACCGGCAUAUCAGGCCCAGAUAUCCCUAACACUUGUUCCAGACCAGCCUCCCAGGGUUGUGUCAAUGGACCCGUCCCAGAAUCCCAGGACACCGCCAUAUGAAUUAGAGCAUGUUGGGUACCAUGGGUCUGGAUCUGGGGCAUGA